AUGUAUCGGAAGUUGUCUAAGUUAGAACACUCGGAAAUAAAACAACUUCUUACAGAAGCUAACAUAGAUGUUGCAAAGCAUUACGCAACAAACAAAAAAGCACUCACUGACUUCAUUAAAGACUAUAAUGGUGCAAUAAGUUAUGAUAGAAUUCAUGAUUACAUUAAUAACAAAACUUUUCCUUUAAAUGACGUUGCUAUUGACUUAUAUCAUAGACGUUCAAUACCUCAUGAAGUAAGAAGAGAAAUGUUUGACAUAACAAAUGCGAACGUUGGUCAUACUCGUAAAGCUCUUUCACAUGAUGUUCGUCAAGAAAUGUUUGACAUAACAAAUGCGAACGUUGGUCAUACUCGUAAAGCUCUUUCACAUGAUGUUCGUCAAGAAAUGUUUGACAUAACAAAUGCGAACGUUGGUGAAACAAGAAGAAGAGACGACACACUGAAACAACAGAGAAGAGAGAUGUUUAAGAGCGCUAUAGAACAAGUUCGCAAAGCUAACGAUGUCAUUCGUUCCAUUGACGACAAACCAAAAGAAGGUGAGAGAUGGUUAAAGAAAGAUGAAGAGAAUAGGAAGAGAAAUGUGAAGUCAGGCAAUAGACUCAUUGACUUUAACAUCGAAGCUUUAGAUGAACCAAACAGAGACUACUUACACAAACAUUUCGGUAAGGUUUUCAUGAGACUCUUAGAGAAGAUUAAAAUAAACUCACAACAGAGAUGGAUGGUAUGUUAUAAACUUGGUGGAAAGUAUGAAUGUUCUACGUUAAACCUCAAUAAUAUUGGAACACUACUACAUCAGCUCUUGAAGGA